AUGUUGUAGUUUGUGAACGCUGAACAGGUCCCGUUUCACCCAUGAAUAAAUGUUGAAGAAUCUGCAACAUCUCGUAUUCUCUCUUGCAAUGAAGAGGAAGAAGCGAGAACGUCACAGCCUCGUCGGAGGAAAUCACGCUGCCGAUCCCUUCGCCAACGUGCUCCACCUCUUCCUCCUCCGCCGGCGUCACCGCCUCCUCCAUCUCCUCUCCGCUUCCUUCGGUUGCCUCCUUCUUGUCCUCGCCGCUGUCUCUGUCUUCUCCCAGCCUCCCGCCGCGACCAAUGAACUCCUCCGCCACCAGUCAGCCGUGAAUACUGAAGCGACUCUCGUGGCGCAUUUGAAGGUUGAUCAAAAGUCGUUUCAAAUUCCGGAUAGUGUAGGGAAUUUAGGUCGUCAUUUGUGGAGCUCAAGGGAAUCGGAGUUCUACUUCGGAUGCAGCAAUGCCAGUCAUAAGUUUCUAACUGCUAAUGUAAAAACUCGCCCAAAUCGAUACUUGGUGAUUGCUACCAGUGGAGGCUUAAAUCAACAGAGGACAGGGAUAACAGAUGCUGUGGUUGCAGCAUAUAUUCUGAAUACAACUCUUGUCAUUCCCAAGCUAGAUCAGAAUUCUUACUGGAAAGAUAAGAGUAACUUUGAUGAAAUAUUUGAUGUUGGCUGGUUCAUUUCAUCCCUCUCAAAAGAUGUUAAGAUUAUCAAAGAACUCCCAUCCAAGGGAGGUAAAGUUUGGACUCCAUAUCACAUGCGUGUUCCAAGGAAGUGCAAUAAAAAAUGCUAUGAGAAUCGUGUCCUACCUGUUUUAAAUAAAAAGCAUGCUGUGCAGCUGUCAAAAUUUGAUUACCGGCUUUCAAAUAGGUUGGAGACAGAUUUGCAAAAGCUUAGAUGUAGGGUCAACUAUCAUUCGCUAAGGUUCACUGAUCCCGUUCGUGAGAUGGGUCAAUUAUUGAUUGAGAGGAUGAGGAUGAAAACCAAGCAUUUUAUUGCCCUGCACUUGAGAUUUGAACCUGAUAUGCUUGCAUUCUCUGGAUGUUAUUAUGGUGGAGGAGAUAAAGAAAGGAAAGAACUUGGUGCAAUCCGGAAGAGGUGGAAAACUUUGCAUGCAAGCAACCCAGACAAGGUGCGAAGGCAUGGCAGAUGUCCACUUACUCCUGAGGAGGUUGGUCUAAUGCUGAGGGCAUUGGGUUUUGGAAGUGAUGUUCACAUUUAUGUGGCAUCAGGUGAAGUAUAUAGGGGUGAAGAAACAUUAGCCCCUCUUAAAGCACUCUUCCCAAAUUUCCUUUCAAAAGAGACCAUGGCGACCAAGGAGGAGUUAGCACCAUUUUCAGCAUAUUCAUCUCGCAUGGCUGCAUUGGAUUACAUUGUUUGUGAUGAAAGUGAUGUUUUUGUCACAAACAACAAUGGAAACAUGGCUAGGAUGUUGGCUGGACGAAGGAGAUACUUUGGACAUAAGCCAACAAUCCGACCAAAUGCAAAGAAGCUAUACCAGUUCUUCUUGAACCGAAGCAACAUGACGUGGGAAGAAUUUGCCUCUAAGGUUCGAGCUAGUCAGAUUGGCUUCAUGGGAGAGCCAAAUGAGGUGAAACCGGGAAGAGGUGAGUUUCAUGAAAAUCCAUCAUCCUGCAUAUGUGAGAAUUCUGAAGCAAAGGCGAGAGGAGGUCCAACCUUACAAAACCAAACUCCAGGAGAACUUAAAAAUGAGGAGAAUAACAAGAUGGAUACUGGUGAUGCUACCGACGAGCAGUCCACUGAGGAUGAACAUGAUUCAUCUGAUAUGGUGGAUUAUUCGGAGACUACUGAUGGAACUAAUAUCAACACCAUUCAACUUAAAUCAGACCAACCAGAAGUUGAAGAGUUCUUUUCAGACUAGGUGCAGAAAACUGUAUUCAAUUUCCACUAACAACAGUUUCCAACUAUCCCCAGUGAAUUUUUUCUCAAAUUCUUUGGUUCUUUCAAGAUGAAGCCAAAGGUUUUUGCUUCUUUAGCCUACUCAUACAGAUGAUACAGCACAACAAAGCACUCUGCACAUGGUAUUGAUCAGUUGCAGUUUCUUGUAAAUGUAGUCGCAUAAUUGGGUCCUGAAGGUUUUACUACUUCCCUCCUGGUAAAAGUUCCAGUCAGCUAAAAGCUGUUCAUCAUGUCUGGCAAUUAUACGAGCUUUGACGCUUUUCUAGUCUUGUUCAGCUGCACGAUCCUUGUCAGAGGACAUAGAGGGCAGAAAACACGGAAGAGAUACUAGUUGGUUUUUUUACUAUUAAUAUUGUUUCACGAUUUUGGGUUGUACAGGCUACAUCUCUCAUUUCUUAACUUAAUUAACUUUUCACUCAAAUUAGUCACAUAUGCUGCUCGAUUGUAAAAUCAAUCUGUUACUUUAAG